GCUUUGCUAGAUUUUGUUUCUGUAUAUGGGUCCCUACUCUAAGUUGGUCUCUGGGAGGCAAAUUGGCCAGGAACAGUGUAAAUUGUGAGUAAACAAGACCUGCCCAUUAAGGGGAAGCUGUGGUCAAAAGCUUUUUGUCCCGGAACCCUAACAGCGCUCUCCACACUCCGAGGGCACAGCCCUGACUGCGGUCUCUGUCCUCUGAGCCGAGCUUUCCCAUGACUUGGAUUUUCUUCCAGACUGCAUCGGGUUCCUAGAGGUGCUUGGGGAAGAUGGGAGACUCCCCUUCGAAGAGCCAGGAGUCUCUCUGGCCGCUGGCGCCCCUUCUCUCCUGCUCCGGAGGAGCCCUCCUGGUGGUUCGGGUACUGCUUGAACUGCCGGCAGCCUGGGGUCAGUGCAAACCCCCAGCUUAUUUUGAAACAGCCAGACCUACAAGGCCAAUUAAUGCAGAUGAGUUUCCCAUUGGAACAUCUUUGCAGUAUGAAUGCCGCCCUGGUUUCCAGAAGAGAAGUUUCUUUAUCACCUGCCUAGAAAACUCGGCCUGGUCAAAACCUCAUCGAACCUGUUCACGUAAAUCAUGUGGAUCUCCUCCAGAACCCAUAAAUGGCAAAAUGGAAGUAACUGGAGGCACCCAGUUUGGAUCAAUUAUUAAUUACUCUUGUAAUGAAGGAUACCGACUCAUUGGUGAAUCCUCUGCUGCAUGCAUCAUUGUAGGCAAUAUUGUCGCCUGGGAUAACAAAGCACCUAUUUGUGAGAGUAUUAAAUGUGAGCCACCCCCAGCCAUCUCCCACGGGGAUUUCUUUAGCAUCAACAGAGAGUAUUUUCCUUACGGAACGGUGGUGAAAUAUCGCUGCAAUCCUACAAAGACAAGGGAAAAGUUUGUCCUCGUGGGUGACGAGUCAAUAUAUUGCACCAGCAAAGACAAUCGUUUUGGCACCUGGAGCGGCCCUCCACCUCAGUGCCUCAUACCUAAUAAAUGCACCCCUCCAGACAUUGAAAAUGGAAUAAGGGUAUCUGAGAACAGAAGCUUCUUCUCCUUAAAUGAAAUCGUGAGGUUUAGGUGUGAGCCUGGCUUUGUCAUGAAAGGACCCUCCAGUGUGCGAUGCCAGGCCCAAAACAAAUGGGAGCCAGAGUUGCCCAGCUGCUCCCGGGUAUGUGAGCCACCUCCAGAAAUCCUGAAUGGUAAGCUCACCCUCAGUGACAAGGACAACUUCUCCCCUGGGCAGGAAGUGUUCUACAGCUGUGAGCCUGGCUAUGACCUCAGAGGGGCUGCCUCUCUGCGCUGUACGCCCCAGGGGGACUGGAGCCCCGCAGCGCCCAGAUGUGCAGUGAAAUCAUGUGUGAAAUUCCUGGACGAACUUCCUAAUGGCCAUGUGCUCUUUCCACUUAAUCUCGAGCUUGGAGCAAAAGUGUCCUUCGUUUGUGAUGAGGGAUUCCAUCUAAAAGGCAAUUCUGCUAGUCAUUGUGUCUUGGCUGGAAUGGAAAGCCUUUGGAAUAGCAGUGUCCCUGUGUGUGAACAAAUCUUAUGUCCAAACCCACCAGAUAUCGAUAAUGGAAGACACACAGGAGAACCUCUGGAAAUCUUUCCUUAUGGAAAAGAAGUAACUUACACAUGUGACCCCCACAAAGACAGAGGGACGACCUUCAUUCUCAGUGGGGAGAGCACCAUACGCUGCACAAGUGACAGUCAAGGGAAUGGGAUUUGGAGCAGCCCUGCCCCUCGCUGUGGACAUCCAGGUUACUGUAAUGCCCCAGGUCAUUUUCAAUUUGCUAAGCUGAAAAUCCAAACCAAUGAAUUUGAGUUUCCUGUUGGGACAUCACUACAGUAUGAAUGCCUCCCUGGGUACUAUAGAAAGUCAUUCUCUAUCAGUUGUCUAGACAACCUGGAGUGGUCAAGUGCCAAGGAUGUCUGUCAACGUAAAGUAUGUAAAACUCCUCCAGAUCCAUUGAAUGGCAUGGUACAUGUAGACACAAACACCCAGUUUGGAUCCAGAAUUAAUUAUACUUGUAAUAGAGGGUACAGUCUCAUUGGCCACGCAUCUGCCCAAUGUAUCCUCUCGGGUAAUACUGUCAUUUGGGAUAUGGAGCCACCAUUCUGUGAACGUAUUCAUUGCAGGCCACCCCCGGGCAUCACCAACGGAGAUUUCUUUAGCACCAACAGAGAGUAUUUUCCUUACGGAACGGUGGUGAAAUAUCGCUGCAAUCCUACAAAGACAAGGGAAAAGUUUGUCCUCUUGGGUGACGAGUCAAUAUAUUGCACCAGCAAAGACAAUCGUUUUGGCACCUGGAGCGGCCCUCCACCUCAGUGCUUCAUACCUAAUAAAUGCACCCCUCCAGACAUUGAAAAUGGAAUAAGGGUGUCUGAGAACAGAAGCUUCUUCUCCUUAAAUGAAAUCGUGAGGUUUAGGUGUGAGCCUGGCUUUGUCAUGAAAGGACCCUCCAGUGUGCGAUGCCAGGCCCAAAACAAAUGGGAGCCAGAGUUGCCCAGCUGCUCCCGGGUAUGUCAGCUGCCUCCAGAAAUCAUUCAUGGUAAGCACACCCUCAGUGACAAGGACAACUUCUCCCCUGGGCAGGAAGUGUUCUACAGCUGUGAGCCUGGCUAUGACCUCAGAGGGGCGGCCUCUCUGCGCUGUACACCCCAGGGGGACUGGAGCCCCGCAGCGCCCAGAUGUACAGUGAAAUCAUGUGCGAAAUUCCUGGACGAACUUCCUAAUGGCCAUGUGCUCUUUCCACUUAAUCUCGAGCUUGGAGCAAAAGUGUCCUUCGUUUGUGAUGAGGGAUUCCAUCUAAAAGGCAAUUCUGCUAGUCAUUGUGUCUUGGCUGGAAUGGAAAGCCUUUGGAAUAGCAGUGUCCCUGUGUGUGAACAAAUCUUAUGUCCAAAUCCACCAGAUAUCCAUAAUGGAAGGCACACAGGAAAACCUCUGGAAAUCUUUCCUUAUGGAAAAGAAGUAACUUACACAUGUGACCCCCACAAAGACAGAGGGACGACCUUCAUUCUCAGUGGGGAGAGCACCAUACGCUGCACAAGUGACAGUCAAGGGAAUGGGAUUUGGAGCAGCCCUGCCCCUCGCUGUGGACAUCCAGGUUACUGUAAUGCCCCAGGUCAUUUUCAAUUUGCUAAGCUGAAAAUCCAAACCAAUGAAUUUGAGUUUCCUGUUGGGACAUCACUACAGUAUGAAUGCUCCCCUGGGUACUAUAGAAAGUCAUUCUCUAUCAGUUGUCUAGACAACCUGGAGUGGUCAAGUGCCAAGGAUGUCUGUCAACGUAAAGUAUGUAAAACUCCUCCAGAUCCAUUGAAUGGCAUGGUACAUGUAGACACAAACACCCAGUUUGGAUCCAGAAUUAAUUAUACUUGUAAUAGAGGGUACAGUCUCAUUGGCCACGCAUCUGCCCAAUGUAUCCUCUCGGGUAAUACUGUCAUUUGGGAUAUGGAGCCACCAUUCUGUGAACGUAUUCAUUGCAGGCCACCCCCGGGCAUCACCAACGGAGAUUUCUUUAGCACCAACAGAGAGUAUUUUCCUUACGGAACGGUGGUGAAAUAUCGCUGCAAUCCUACAAAGACAAGGGAAAAGUUUGUCCUCGUGGGUGACGAGUCAAUAUAUUGCACCAGCAAAGACAAUCGUUUUGGCACCUGGAGCGGCCCUCCACCUCAGUGCUUCAUACCUAAUAAAUGCACCCCUCCAGACAUUGAAAAUGGAAUAAGGGUGUCUGAGAACAGAAGCUUCUUCUCCUUAAAUGAAAUCGUGAGGUUUAGGUGUGAGCCUGGCUUUGUCAUGAAAGGACCCUCCAGUGUGCGAUGCCAGGCCCAAAACAAAUGGGAGCCAGAGUUGCCCAGCUGCUCCCGGGUAUGUCAGCUGCCUCCAGAAAUCGUUCAUGGUAAGCACACCCUCAGUGACAAGGACAACUUCUCCCCUGGGCAGGAAGUGUUCUACAGCUGUGAGCCUGGCUAUGACCUCAGAGGGGCGGCCUCUCUGCGCUGUACACCCCAGGGGGACUGGAGCCCCGCAGCGCCCAGAUGUGCAGUGAAAUCAUGUGCGAAAUUCCUGGACAAACUUCCUAAUGGCCAUGUGCUCUUUCCACUUAAUCUCGAGCUUGGAGCAAAAGUGUCCUUCGUUUGUGAUGAGGGAUUCCAUCUAAAAGGCAAUUCUGCUAGUCAUUGUGUCUUGGCUGGAAUGGAAAGCCUUUGGAAUAGCAGUGUCCCUGUGUGUGAACAAAUCUUAUGUCCAAAUCCACCAGAUAUCCAUAAUGGAAGGCACACAGGAAAACCUCUGGAAAUCUUUCCUUAUGGAAAAGAAGUAACUUACACAUGUGACCCCCACAAAGACAGAGGGACGACCUUCAUUCUCAGUGGGGAGAGCACCAUACGCUGCACAAGUGACAGUCAAGGGAAUGGGAUUUGGAGCAGCCCUGCCCCUCGCUGUGGACAUCCAGGUUACUGUAAUGCCCCAGGUCAUUUUCAAUUUGCUAAGCUGAAAAUCCAAACCAAUGAAUUUGAGUUUCCUGUUGGGACAUCACUACAGUAUGAAUGCCUCCCUGGGUACUAUAGAAAGUCAUUCUCUAUCAGUUGUCUAGACAACCUGGAGUGGUCAAGUGCCAAGGAUGUCUGUCAACGUAAAGUAUGUAAAACUCCUCCAGAUCCAUUGAAUGGCAUGGUACAUGUAGACACAAACACCCAGUUUGGAUCCAGAAUUAAUUAUACUUGUAAUAGAGGGUACAGUCUCAUUGGCCACGCAUCUGCCCAAUGUAUCCUCUCGGGUAAUACUGUCAUUUGGGAUAUGGAGCCACCAUUCUGUGAACGUAUUCAUUGCAGGCCACCCCCGGGCAUCACCAACGGAGAUUUCUUUAGCACCAACAGAGAGUAUUUUCCUUACGGAACGGUGGUGAAAUAUCGCUGCAAUCCUACAAAGACAAGGGAAAAGUUUGUCCUCGUGGGUGACGAGUCAAUAUAUUGCACCAGCAAAGACAAUCGUUUUGGCACCUGGAGCGGCCCUCCACCUCAGUGCUUCAUACCUAAUAAAUGCACCCCUCCAGACAUUGAAAAUGGAAUAAGGGUGUCUGAGAACAGAAGCUUCUUCUCCUUAAAUGAAAUCGUGAGGUUUAGGUGUGAGCCUGGCUUUGUCAUGAAAGGACCCUCCAGUGUGCGAUGCCAGGCCCAAAACAAAUGGGAGCCAGAGUUGCCCAGCUGCUCCCGGGUAUGUCAGCUGCCUCCAGAAAUCGUUCAUGGUAAGCACACCCUCAGUGACAAGGACAACUUCUCCCCUGGGCAGGAAGUGUUCUACAGCUGUGAGCCUGGCUAUGACCUCAGAGGGGCGGCCUCUCUGCGCUGUACACCCCAGGGGGACUGGAGCCCCGCAGCGCCCAGAUGUGCAGUGAAAUCAUGUGCGAAAUUCCUGGACAAACUUCCUAAUGGCCAUGUGCUCUUUCCACUUAAUCUCGAGCUUGGAGCAAAAGUGUCCUUCGUUUGUGAUGAGGGAUUCCAUCUAAAAGGCAGUUCUGCUAGUCAUUGUGUCUUGGCUGGAAUGGAAAGCCUUUGGAAUAGCAGUGUCCCUGUGUGUGAACAAAUCUUCUGUCCAAAUCCUCCAGCAAUCCUUAAUGGGAACCACACAGGAACUUCUCUGAGAAACAUUCCCUAUGGAAAAGAAAUAUCUUACACAUGUGACUCCCAUGCUGACAGAGGGAUGACCUUCAAUCUCAUAGGGGAGAGCACCAUCCGCUGCACAAGUGACAGUCACGGGAAUGGGAUUUGGAGUGGCCCUCCCCCUCACUGUGAACUUUCUGUUCCUCUUGGUUACUGUAAAGCUCCAGAACAAUUUCUAUUUGCCACGCCUACAGCCCUAACUGAUGGGUCUGAGUUUCCAGUUGGGACAUCUUUGAACUACAAAUGUUCCCCUGGGUAUUUUGAGAAUAUGUUCUCUAUCACCUGUUUAGAAAAGUUGGUCUGGUCAAGUGCCAAAAGUAUCUGUAAACGAAAAUCAUGUGGAACUCCACCUGAACCCAUCAAUGGCAUGGUACAUAUAAACACAGAUACCCAGUUUGGAUCAACAGUUAAUUAUUCUUGUAAUGAAGGACAUCGACUUCUUGGCUCUCCAUCUGCUGCUUGUGUCCUCUCAGGCAGUAAUGUCACUUGGGAUAAGGAGGCACCUGUUUGCCAGAAAAUCUUUUGUCCAAAUCCUCCGGCAAUCCUUAAUGGGAGCCACACAGGAACUUCUCUGAGAAACAUUCCUUAUGGAAAAGAAAUAUCUUAUACAUGUGACUCCCAUGCUGACAGAGGGAAGACUUUCAAUCUCAUUGGGGAGAGCACCAUCCACUGCACAAGUGAUAGUCACGGGAACGGGAUUUGGAGUGGCCCUGCCCCUCGCUGUGAACUUACUGGUUCUACUGUAUGCCCACCCCCACCCAGGAUGCACAAUGGGCAUUAUGCUGGAGGGGAUGCAUCUCCAUAUCUUCCUGGGAUGAGUGUCAACUACGUUUGUGACCCAGGCUACCUGUUGGUGGGAAAAGCCUACAUUUUCUGUACACAUGAGGGAACCUGGAGCCAAUCUGACCAUUAUUGUAAAGUUUCAGAGGUAAAAUGUAGCCUCCCACAGUUUAUGAAUGGAAUCCAGAAGGGGUUGGAAAUGAGCAAAGAAUUUAAAUACAGAGAAAAUGUAACCUUGGAGUGUGAAGAUGGGUAUACUCUGGAAGGCAGUCCCUGGAGCCAGUGCCAGGCGAAUAACACCUGGGACCCUCCUCUGGCCACAUGUACAUUUCGCUCACGUAACACUCUCAUUAUUGGCACAUCCUUUGGUGUGAUCUUUAUUGUACUCAUCAUUGUUUCCUGCUGGAUGAUUCUAAGACACAAAAAAGGCUGUAAUAAAGAUGAAGAACCUAAAGAAGUGAAUAUCCAUUUACAACCCCAAGAAGGCAGCUGUGAUCAUGCACAAAGUGUGCAAACAAAUCAGGAACAUAGCAGUGUCAUUCCUGGACAAAGUACUAAAAAGCUGGAGAACUCCUCAAAUUAAAAUCAUCAUUGGAAAAGAGCCAAUUCAUUUCAACAGAAUUAGACCUGGCAUUCAUAAAACCAUUGAAGUGACUUCACAGAGAUGCAGACAUGUGCACUUGAAGAUGCUGAAGCUCUCCCGAUAUCUCAGGAAGCUCCAUCCUCUUAGUUUGGACACUGUCACUCCUCCAUCUUCCUUCUUUGUGCUGAAAGCACACAGCGUCUGGUCGGUGGAAACACUGCACUUAGAAUAUAUAAGUAGUGUCAAUUACUCAAAAGAAGAAGGUGUAGCCUAGAAUUUCUGUUUAUAAGUUUGUCAUUUGUCUUUCUUAUGUUUAAUUUUUUAUGUAGAUGACUCUUGAACAAUGUGGGGGGUAAGUAGUGCCACCUAAAUAAAAAUGCUGUUUCCGAUCUGUGGUUUGCUAAAUCCUGGAUGCAAAAUCCCAGGAUAUGGAGGGCCACCUAUGUGGUUAGUGAAAAAUAUCCACAUAUAAGUGGGCCCAUGCAGUUCAAACUCCUGCUGUUCAACUGUUAACUAUAAUAUGGAAUGGACUCAUUAAGGAGAAUUUAGAAAAUGCAGGAGGAAGAUAUUAAAAAAACAAAUGUCACCUAUAACUAUACUACCCAAUGAUAACCACAAUUAAUGUUUUAAUUCACAUUCUUUCUUUAUAUAUGUUUCUUUAUAUACACACAUAUCUAUGUCUCUUAAAUACCUUUUUUUGUUUAUAGAGCAGAAUCUACUCUUUUUUAGAUUCAUGUAAAUGUAUGCUAUAGCAGUUUUCACUUUCUCAAAGAAAAAUAAGUAAUUUCCAUUUAUUAAAAAGGCAUUAAAUGACUAUAGGAAAGGUGGGUCAAGAAUAUUCAAGAGAAAUAUCUGGAAAAAAUAAGUUUUGUGUAUUUUCUAAGGUCUAUUUCAAAAGACUUUGUACUAUGUUCUGUUUUAAAAACAUACUAAAACUUAAAUAAAAUCAUAAUUUAUAUAUAGAAGUAUCUUAUUUUUAAUGAAUUCAGAAUAAACUAAAUUUACUAAGAAACAUGACUUUAAAGAAUUUAUCAGGUUAGUAGACAUGUAUCAACGCAUUCUUAAUAAGUAGCCCCAGAGUCUUUAAAAAAUCCACAUCCUUAUAGAUCAAAAAUUCAUUUGGUAUGAUAUUAUGGGCCAUGCUGAUGACAUCUAGAAAAUAUUAGUCUUUCUGGAUUUUAAGAAUAGAUUUGUGUGUGACUACUGCCAACUUCUGUGUGAUUCUGGCUUCAGUAGUUGUUUUUAAAGCAUAUUCUGCCACAUUUACACUAAUAAAUAUAAACAGUGAAUUGGACAUAAUCUAAGAAGGUCAAAUUAAAAUCAUGUAAGAGAGACAAAAAAAAGCAUAACCAACAAGUCAGCUGACAAAGUGAGAGAAAAAAAUGCAACAUAUCACAGAUGAAUGGUCAUGGGAUUAACUGAGAGUUAAUAAUUCAAAGACCAACCCUCCCCUUCUUCUCCCAAAGUGGGCAAAAGAUAUUUCUACAAGUCAAAGAAAAAAGACAGAAAGAAAGAAAAGAAAGAUAGGAAAGAAAGGGGGAAAAGAGGAGGAAUGAAGAAAAAAAGAAAAGAAAGGAAGAGAAAGAAAAGA